AUGACCGAGGUCGGAGGUAGAUUGGGACGACUGACAGAAGCUCGUUCAGUGACACGGCGAGUACGAACAGCCCAAGACUUCUCCCGGAGGCGGACGGGACCUAGAGCACCGUCUUCCAGACUAUGGGACUCCAAAAAUUUGUCGAGGUCUUCAAGAACGACAUUCCAUAAAUCAUCUGUGAUAGAAUUGUAUGAUUCCACGCCUUGACCAUCUUGAUUUCCCCAGACAGCCAAUCUUUCACCGGAGCGAGGGUCUAGAAGAGCCAGAUGGGGAUGACCGUCAACAGGAAAGAAUGCUUGGUAUCGGUCGGCAUCCGAGGAGCCUUUCGUGCGUCUUCACAUGAGGAUUUCUGCAAUAUGUCCAAGACCGAAGAGCUUCUUGGGUUGGUGGUAGGCUCCCGCACCCCAAGCCGGGCGGGCGCCAGGUGUUGCGGAAGAAGGGGCGGAAAAGCGGCUGGGUAACAAGAGCACAAGAGCUCAAGAGCCCAUUUAGACUGGCGAGAUGCUGCCCCUA